AUGGCCCUUGCCGGGACUUGCGAGGUCUGUGGGAAUCUGGGGGCCUGCCACACCGAAGUUUCUGCGGCGGCACUUGUGCAAAGUGCUGCAAGCGGCUGCCCAGCGUGCUCGAUCCUGAAGGACGGUGUCUUUAACUUGGUGGAAGAUUUCGAGCAGAUCGACAAGCUCCAGCUGGUGGUAGAUCUGUCUCUGUUUGUUUAUCUACUGGGAAAGCAAAGGGAACGGCUUGGCGUUCUCGAAUUCUACACCCUUCCAGAUCGUCCCGUUCUUUGGCCCAAACUAGGCCCAGCACUACAUGUCUCCGAAAACUCAUCAAGUGAUGAGUGCAUUGCUUUGGCUAGACGAUGGCUCAGUGGUUGUCUCUCAUCGCAUCCAGCCUGUAGAAGGCUUGGUACUCCGAUUCUGCCUACCAGGGUCAUAGAGGUCGGAGCUUGUGAUGAGGACAUAAAACUUUACGUCAACGGAUCUGAAAAGAGGGCCGAAUACGCCGCUCUAUCUCACCGCUGGGGGGGCGGCCAACCCAUUGUCUUGACCAAGUCGACCCUGGAAGAGAAGCAAGAACGGCUCGUCUUGGACGACUCGUCAAAAACCUUCAAGGAGGCAGUGGAUGUCACUCGACGACUUGGAAUUCCAUAUCUUUGGAUCGAUUCGCUGUGCAUUCUGCAGGACGAUCACUCGGACUGGGAAAAAGAAUCACCGUUGAUGGGUAGUGUAUACAAUAGCGCUACUAUCACUCUCUCCGCCGCCUCCUCUAUCAAUACCGCUGGUGGUCUCUUCCCGCGAGGGGAAGACAGACUGAGCAGAAAUAAAACGCUCAAAUUAGCCUGCGCAGGACCAAGCGGAAACCAGGAAUUCGUCCAUGUCAGAGCUCGACAUAAGGACCCUUUCAACAUUCAUGAAACUGUCCAUUCCUCACAGGAACCGGAGCAACCAUGCUUGCGAUCGCGAGGAUGGGUAUUGCAAGAAGAUCAUCUGUCACCGCGAAUGCUCCACUUCCGAAAAGAGGAGCUUGCAUGGACCUGCUCGACGUACUCACGAUGCGAAUGCCGGACUCGACCCUCUCUCCCGCUCCCACACCCUUUUCGCGCGGCGCCAGGGACAAGGGAGAAGACCCCGGAACUCACAUAUACUUUGGGCAUCCAGUGGCCGCCCAUGGUCAUGGACUACUCGCGCCGCGAUUUGACAAAAGCAUCCGACCGUGUGGCUGCGUUGUCUGGGCUGGCAAACUAUAUGGAAGACCAGACGUCUGACACAUACUACUGCGGGCUGUGGUACGAGGACUUGCGAUUUCAGUUGCUCUGGUACGUCGAUCGGAGUGGUUGCACUGGACCCGUCCCCAGUCGUUUUCAGUUCCCGUAUGCCCCCACGUGGUCCUGGAUGUCUGUUCCUGCUCCCAUCAGCUACUACGAGAGAUAUCCCGUUGGCAGCGCGCCAAGUCACCGGGCAAUCCGUUCCGCUGAUGCUGUCGCACCUCUUCUCACCAUUAUCAAUGUCGGUCGUCUUCCUGUCGACUGGGAUAAUCUAGUUGGGCCUCUGUUAGUGUGCCCGCUUUUGGUCGUUGCACGCGUCCUGCCCGUCCAUUUCGACAAUGUAACCAAAUGGUGGAUCGCCGAACACCCGGUUACAGAUUUCGACCCGGAAAACCUUCGGGUGAGCAUUGACGUUGGGGAGGACAGGCCGGAGCGCUCUCCUGAGGCAUCGUACGUCUUCAUCCUAGCCGGCCGCUGGGUAGGUCAAGGCAUGACUAUUGCGUGUAUGGAGGCAGUGUGCAUACUGGCCCGGCGCAUGCCUGAGCAAGCUGAGCCAAUAAUCGACCUUGCUCGGAGAUUCCAACGCCGCUUUGGUGAUGAUGUGGAAACUACCGGCAGCGACUCUAACGAUGCUGAAGGUCCGAUAAUGCCAGAAAUGGACAAUUCAUACGAACGCGUAGGAUUGGUACGGGGCGCAGGAUCUCUCCAAGCGUGGACCCAGGCGAACGUACCAGUCGAGGCAGUAUUUUUGUUCUGA